AACAUUCAAAGCUCAGACAACCCAAAUCAGAGAUUCACAAACUAACUUUCAAAGCUCAGACGUAAGAACAUGUGAUGUGUUGUUUCAGAAUUUGAGAGUGAGGAAAGUGGUACCGAUGAUGAAGCGCCUUGUGCUCUGUGUUGCCGCUUUCGUUGCACUUUCUGGGCUCUAUUUCUAUGAGUUGGGGUUGUGCAUGCAACGCUACAACCUCAUUAGAAUGAAGGUUGCUGAGAUCGAAAACCUUGGUCGUUUCGCAAUUCAAGAGCACAACAACAAAGAGAAUGCCCUUCUUGAAUUUGCAAGAGUAUUGAAUGCCAAAGAACAGGUGGUAGCAGGUAAGAUAUAUUAUCUUACACUGGAAGCAAUUGAUGCUGGAAAGAAGAAGAUAUAUGAAGCCAAAAUUUGGGUGAAGCCAUGGAUGAACUUCAAGCAGUUGCAGGAAUUCAAGCGUGCUUAUGUCAUCUCUCCCUUUAGGAGUUCCGGUCUUGGUGUUAAGCAAGAGAGGAUCAAGUUAGGAUGGCGUGAAGUGCCAAUUCAUGAUCCUGAGGUCAAAGAUGCUGCUAAUUAUACUGUGAAGUCCAUUGCACAGAGGUCCAACUCCCUGUCUUCAUAUAAACUUAUGGAGGUUGUUGUGGCCAAGACCAAGGUCAUUGAAGAUUAUGUCAAAUUUAACUUGCUUCUGAAGUUAAGCCGGGGAAUUAAAGAAGAGAGGUUCAGAGUUGAAGUAAAUAAGAAACUAGGAGGAAAGUUUUAUGUUAGCUGGGUGGAACAAGAUCGCUCCUGAAUUAACUAUCCUUAUAUUUAUUGAAGUGGAGUGAUGCUGCUGUUACCUAACGUAUGAAAAACUUUAGUGUGAAUAUGUUCUGUUGUGUGUAUUCUUGUAUAAAUGUAAAGGAUAAAACAUAUACUGACUAUUGGAGAUACAUAGAUAAAAUGCAGUAAAUAGUGAAUAUGUCAUUUAGCUUUUUUAUAAAUUCAUUCUGUUCGUUUCUCCAGUACUGAAUUGAUUCGCGUGUAUCUUUUGGUAAAUACCUUAACACACUAUACAUAAA